CCACAGAUUCAUUUCCACGGCGUCGUUUCGGCGUUGCUUCCCCGGCCCAGCUCCCCCUCCCUCCCUCCCUCCCUUCAGAAAAGUCGGGUCCAACUCUCUCUCUCUCUCUCGGCAUCUCUCUCUCUCUCUUUUUAACGCCUGUCCAGCCAGGUCUCCCCGCCAUUGCGUCAGGGGCUCUCACAUCCCCGGUUCUUGGACGUAGUCCAAGGGCUGGUUCGUCUUCCUGACGCUCCCGCCGAGAUCGAUCCUGGUUGAGCAUCACUGAGUUAAAGAGAACAUGUUUCGGAAAAAGCAAGCUUCUCAUUUUGAUUCAGAUGAUGCUGAGCAGAGACAAGCAAAGAUCAAGGAACUGAGAGCUGCUCUUGGGCCUUUAUCUGGCCGUGGAGAGAAAUAUUGCGAUGAAGCAUGCUUGAUAAGAUAUCUUGAGGCCCGCAACUGGAAUGUUGACAAGUCUAGAAAAAUGCUGGAAGAAAGUCUCAAGUGGAGGGCAGCUAAGAGACCUGAGGAUAUUUGCUGGCCUGACGUUUCUGUUGAAGCAGAAACAGGUAAAAUGUACAGGUCAACUUUCACUGAUAGAGAGGGCAGAACCGUGGUUGUAUUGAGGCCUGCAAAGCAGAAUACAUCAUCUCACGAAGGGCAGUUACAGUAUCUUAUAUAUACCUUGGAGAAUGCAGUCCUCAGCCUACCUGAAAGUCAAGACAAAAUGGUGUGGCUGAUAGACUUCACAGGAUGGACACUGGCCCAUGCAACCCCCUUCAAGACGGCCAGAGACAGUAUGAAUGUCUUGCAAAACCAUUACCCAGAGAGGCUUUCAAUUGCAUUUUUGUUCAAUCCACCCAAAGUAUUUGAGGCUUCUUUUAAGGCUCUCAAAGUAUUGGUUGACCCGAAAUCAGUCAAGAAACUGAACUUUGUGUACAAGGAGAAUAUGGAGAGCAUGAAGACAAUGUACAAGCACAUUGAUCCAGAAGUCCUUCCUGUAGAGUUUGGGGGGAACAACAAUGUAGUGUACAACCAUGAGGAUUACUCUAAGUUGAUGACAAAAGAUGACAUCAAAAUGACAAGCUUUUGGGCGGCAGAUGGUAACCAUGCCGUCAAUGGCCACUCGGUUCCUGAGGUUCAAUCACGGUCAUCACAAAUUGUUGCUAAAGCAAGUUAGAGGAACAUCGGCCAUCCAUCCCACCUGAUGUUGGUAAAGCAAAUUGAGAUUCAUUAGGCAGCUAUUAUGAGUUUACGAUGGCCUUCGGUACAGCUCUGAAAGAGGAAUAAAUAAAUGUAACUGCAAAAUAUCUCGCUUGUGAUGUUACAAACAGCAGUUAUACUUGUCCAUCACCAAAUAAGUGAUUUCAUUACUA